CAAAAGUUGUCCGGAGAGCGCGUCUCUGGCGCGCGCAGGAUUUGAGCGACAGCCACCACCGGAGGGGCGAGGUCGACUUCUUCCUUCUUUGCCCUCGGCUCGGUGGGCGAGUUGGACGCUGGAGGUGGGUCCCGUGGACACGCACCUGCCCUCGGACUUAAGCGGACCCGCUCCCUCACGAGCGAGCCUGCGGGGUGUGCGGAGGACGGCCCUCGCCUGCGAACCGUGUUCGAUGCCCUGGACGGGGAUGGGGGACGGCUUCGUCCGCAUGGAGGACUUCGUCCAGUUCGCCACGGUCUACGGGGCUGAGCAGGUGAAGGACUUAACAAAAUACUUGGAUCCCAGUGGGCUCGGCGUGAUCAGUUUUGAAGACUUCUACCAAGGGAUCACGGCGAUCAGAAAUGGAGAUUCUGAUGGCCAGCUGUGCAGCAUUGUCCCUGCCCAGGACGAGGAGCCGCAGGCCUGCCCUGAUGAGUUCGAGGACUUUGUUACCUUUGAGGCCAAUGAGGUAACAGACAGCGCAUACAUGGGCUCUGAGAGCACCUACAGUGAGUGUGAGACCUUCACCGAUGAGGACACAAGCACCGUGGUGCAUCCUGAGCUACAGCCUGAAGGGGACAUGGAUAGUGCGGGCGGCUCAGCCAUGCCCUCCGAGUGCCUGGAUGCCAUGGAGGAGCCUGGCCAUGGUGCUCUGCUGCUUCUCCCAGGCAGAUCCCACCUGCACAGCCAGUCUGUCGUCACGGUGAUAGGUGAUGAGGAGCAUUUUGAGGACUAUGGUGAGGGCAGUGAGGCAGAACUGUCCCCAGAGACCCUCUGCAAUGGGGAGCACGGCUGCAGAGACCCUACUUUUCUCACCCCCAGCGCCGACCCGCUUGCCACAAAGCUGCACAGCAUCCUCACUGAUGAGGCCUUUGAGUUUUACUGUAGCCAGUGCCAUAAACAAAUCAACCGCCUAGAAGAUCUUUCCGCUCGCCUGAAUGAUCUUGAAAAGAAUAGUCCAACGAAGCGGCUCUCCAGCAAGAAGGUGGCAAGACACCUGCUUCAGUCAGGGGCUCUGACCAUGGAAGCCCUGCAGGACCCUCCCCCAGACCCUUUGGAGGGCAUGGAAGAAGAUAUUGCGGACAAGGUUGUCUUCUUGGAGAAGCGGGUGUCAGAGCUGGAGAAGGACACCGCUGCCAAUGGGGAGCAACACAGCCGACUGAGGCAGGAAAAUCUCCAGCUGGUGCACAGGCUGCAGCAACUGGACGAGGAGAACAGUGAGCUGAGGUCCUGCACGCCCUGUCUGAAGGCCAACAUCGAACGCUUGGAGGAGGAGAAACAGAAGUUGCUGGAUGAGAUUGAAGAGUUGUCACUGCGGCUCAGUGACGAGCAGGAAAACAGGAGGAAGCUGGGGGACAGGCUGAGUCACGAGAGACACCAAUUCCAGAAGGACAAGGAGGCAACCCAGGAGCUAAUUGAGGACCUGCGGAAGCAGCUGGAGCACCUACAGCUCUUCAAGCUGGAGGCGGAGCAGAGGAGGGGCCGGAGCAACAGUGUAGGCCUACAGGAGUACAAUAGCCGUACCCGGGAGAGCGAGCUGGAGCAGGAGGUCCGCAGGCUGAAGCAGGAUAACCGUAACCUGAAGGAGCAGAACGAUGAGCUCAAUGGACAGAUCAUAAACCUGAGCAUCCAGGGCGCCAAGAACCUCUUCUCCACAUCCUUCUCUGAAUCUCUGGCCGCAGAGAUCAGCUCGGUCUCCCGCGAUGAGCUCAUGGAAGCGAUUCAAAAGCAGGAAGAGAUCAACUUUCGCCUGCAGGACUACAUUGACAGGAUCAUCGUGGCCAUCAUGGAGACCAACCCGUCCAUCCUGGAGGUCAAGUAGAAGCAGCCAAGCCCAGCCCAGGGUGAUUCUGGACUCCACCAACACCACAGAGAUGGCCGCGGCACACGUGGGCCAAGAAUAGCAGGUCCCAUGCCCACCGAGCCCAGAGCGCACAGCUGAGCUGGGGCACAUAAAGAUGGGGUGGUGGAAGAGGGAGAAGGAAAGAGAAGCCCUUGGUCUGGAACCCACAGCAGAUGCAGGUGGAAUUGGGCCUGCUCUCAGCUCUGGCCUUCCCCUGCCCCCUCCUCUGCAGAGAUGUGAGGACAGUGUCUCAUGCUGGGAUGAGCCUCUCCAUAAGCUCCCUCUCACAUAGUAGACCCUCCCGUUAUCCUGCCCUGUCAGGGGAGAAAAGAAGGAAAUGAAGGAAAUGGGUCCCCACCUGGGUGCAGCUAUGCAUGUCAGCACAGGCAUCCUGACCUGGUGCCACUCAAGGCUCGGCCGCUCCUGGACCAUCUAGAGGCCCCAGAUGCGGUGGUAUGUGAAAGGAAGACAGGCAGUGAGGCCGGUGCGAGUCAGGGUCUGACCAGAAGCUAUAGCCCAUCCCUCUUCCCCCAAGCUUUUCUGAGGCUGUCUCCCUGAGCUGCUCAGGCUGUCACUCAGUCCAGCUUCAGGCCCAGGGGCUUCCGGCCAUGCAUCUGUUCUCACAGUUGGACCCUCUCUACAAUAACCUGUGGGAGCUGGGGCCUCUGCUCUGAAAUCAGGACUUCAGAGUCUAAUGGUGUGGAAUGUACUAUCUGGGAGGGGUGGACAUUGCCAGACCCCUCUGACUCCUGAGGUAUAGACAGGGCCAGGGUGAGGUGCUACCUCCCCAGGGGCGUGGCCUUCCUGGCCUCCUGGAUUACCCCAUUUUCUGUGCAGAUCUUGCUGCCUUGGGUAAAGUCCCACUUUCCCAGGCCAGAGUCCAAAUGUUUCCUCCAGGAGUCCAAAGUCAUUAGAAGUCAUCAUUCUUCCCCAGGUACAUUCUGCAGAAGGCCGAGCAGGGCAGGCGUCCAAGGACACAGAUCAAGAGCAGAGAACAAGGCCUUCCCAGCAGCGUGGGGGUCCCUUGCCCAGCUCUGCACUACCACUGCCCAGCACCUGCGCUGCCAGGAGCAGCAGUGUCACCCCCACAGGGAUGCUGGGCCUGCCGCCCACCUUAGCCCGAGCACUGGCCAGGAGCCUCCAGGCACUCCCAGGUGGGCCAAGACCCACCACCAACUGGCUACUGUUGUGUGUGACCGCGUAUGGGAGGUGUAUGCAUGUGUGUGUGCGUGUAAGCAUGUGUGUUGCCCUGCAUCCCUCCAUCUUCUACAUGGCCCACCUUCUACACUAAGACUUAAGACGUUGCCUCGUAUUGUAUAUUUUGGGGAAAGCCUUGGGUGUAAAUCAGUGUAAACUUGGAGGAGAGAUUUUUCUAUCAUGUAGAGUAGGUAUUUUUUAUAGAUUGAAGGUUGAUCAAUUUUUUUAAUACUUCCAAGAGAGAAAACUAUCUGUGUAUACACAUGAAAUAUAUAUAUAUGUAUGUAUGUAUGAUAAUAAAUAUGGGAACUCUGCUUUCUGUGCCCAGCCUCACCCUGCUGA